CCUGGCUAGUUUGCUCACCUGCACAGUGACUACCCUCUGAAGCCUCGCCUUUUCGAUGAUGAUCUCACCGCAAAUCCGUAGACACAUCUUACAGCUUAUACUGACAUGCGCUUGAUUGGUGUACUAUGUCGGUCGAUGAUGGUCACGUCUCCUGGCACGCGAUGAACGCGGGCCUAGCACGAUACAUCUCCUGCUCUUAAAAAGUGUAGUCUUCGCCUUCCUGUAUAGCACAGACGUCCGGCCAUCGUCUCACAAACCUCUAGGCCUUUCCAAGAUGUCGUGGUGGAAUUGGCAGGGUCGCUUGUUGCCCUACGCGAUCCGGUAUGGUUUGCUGAAGAGUGGCUUCCUGGACGCGGAGACGGCGAAAGACCUUGCCAACUUCGACAUCUCCCUUGGGAGCAAGAGAAGCGUGGUCGAGUUGAAGAAUCUCGGGCUCGACGUUCGUCGUAUCAGUGAAGUGGCCCAGCUGCCGCCAUCAUUACAACUGAAGACUGCUCGGCUCUUAUCGCUUCGGCUGAUCUUUGUUCGAGAAGGUUAUCAACCAAACGUCGAGCUUGAGAUUGAUGGGAUCGAGGUUGUCGUUUGUUCGGCAGAUCAUAAUGGCGAAACGACGUCCGCGUCCGGCCCUGGUCGAGGCCCGAAACAUCACACAUCAGACGGGAUACCGCGCUCACCACUACCUUACGAUCCUGGCGGUACGAUCUUUUCGAAAACAGACGCCCACCUGCCCACCACACAAGAGAUGGCAAGGUCGUUCCUCAAAGAUGAGUCGCUUGUGCAGCGUAAGGAGAUGGAGACAUCAAUUGUUGAAGACAUGAAGGAUAUCGAGGAAUCUUUCAUGAGUGACACUGAGCACGAUGAUGGAGAUGUGGGCACUGGUGUAGCUGGAGGUCUUCCUAUAUUUCUGUCGAAGAUACUAGAGGGCGUCCUCGAGCGGGUAAAAUACCGCAUCGUGAACCUACGAAUCCGCCUGGAAGCAGAGAUUGGUACAGACAACAUCGAUCGAUGCCCGAUUGCUCUGCAGCUACGCGUUGGUGAAGUUCAUGGAACGGGAAUUCUGGGAGCAGAUGUGGCCGCAUACAAUAUUACUCUGGAUCUCAUUGCGAGGGAUGCAAUCAUGAUCGGCCUGGCAUCUGUCUCACGGCAGACCUCACCAACACUCAGCAGAGCCCCUACCCACAUGUCGGUCAAUGAAGAACAUAAUUCCGCCAUGCUCACUGUCGCACCUGUUCAUUACGAUGAAUCUUCCUCGAUACACACCGAAGGCAGCAAGAUGUCCACGAACGAGCAUGCCGGUGUUGUCGACGAUCUUCCUGUCUUGCACGAAGCAUCUUCCAAUCCCUCAACGCUGAACGAUUCACAAAUGCAAUUUCCUGAUGAGACCAUCGAAAGUUCGAUCGAGAUACAAGCAGGUGACGAUAAUGAAAGUUGGCGUUCUCGCAGAAUUCGGGCAGAUGGUCUCGCGGAUGAUCUGUGGAGCUCGAUGCUGAAUGCCGACGAUGCGCAGCUCUCGCCAACUCAAGGCUAUGACCAAUUUUACGGCCUUGACGAUUCACAUAAGUUCCACAAUAGAUGGAACGAUGCGCACGACCAAGACAGAAACCGUCUAAAUACACGGGUCCCCACGAAUAUGCAGUCAUGGCCUGGACCUAGCCAAGAUGGAGUAAAGCCAAGGCUGCAGAAAAGCUUAAAGUCAUGGCCGAAUCUUGAUGACGAGAUCCAAGUUACAGACAGGAUCGACCGUGAUGCGCAUAAGGUCGGCCGGGACGGACUGCGUAAUCAGCUGAGAUUUUCGCAGUCUCCAGCACUGUCGGACUCGCAGCGACCUCCGUCACCAGAAGUCGAAUCCGAGACACACGAGAACAAUGAUGACGAUGAGAGUGCUGAUGAUCAAGACAAUGACGAAAUGCUGGAGUCUCGAUAUUAUACUCAUGAAGAAGCUGAAAGCAUAUACCUCAGUGCUGUCAUGGAGAAAACAACCGCAGUCGUUCCAGGAGCCUGGCACACCGAUGACAGUGAUACCGACAUUUCAUUGCAUGAAAGAGCACACGAGCGGAACUUGGCAACUCCAGAAUACCAGAUUCGAGAGACAGCAGAAAGCGUGGCCUCCGAGAGUACUCCUGUCGCAUCCGUUUGUGAAACUCCUCGGGCCACUUCGCCAAACUUCGCACCCGCGUUAUCCGAAUCGGCGAGAAAGUUGCAAGAAUCUUCAUUUCAACUUCUCUCGAUUGACAAAGUAUUGGUAGUGUAUCAUCGUCAACCGGAAAUAGCCUCUUCCUCUACAGACACUAUCCCUGUCCCGGACAAUGCAAAGGCCAAGACUCAGGGCCUUAACAGAGAGAUGCCUGGGGCCUUCUCAGCGUAUUCAGAUCUAUCUCGUUCACGACAAAGCCUAGCUAGCUCUCUGUACUCUAUGCCAGAGAGAAAAUCAGAGCCUCCCAAAACCUUCAGUGGGUUAGAGUCAAUUCUGUCGACCCUCAGUGUAGGCAUCGGUACAAUGAAUUUGCGUGUGGAUAUCCCAUCGAGCCGUGUCUUGUACAAUCUAUGUACAAAGGUAGUCGCAGAUUUCCCAGACAAUCAAUCGUCAAGCAGCUCCGAAACGAAGGAACCCGGAAUCAAUGCCCAAUCUACAAACGCUAUUACUGUCAGGGUAGGCCUGGAGCGGCUCGCGGUAUCGUUAUGUGAUCGACUCCGACCUCAAAUUCAGAGGACCGGAGCUGGACCAUCCGCCGACUCUUUAGCCAGUCUGAUCUGUGAACAGAUCCACUUUACGAAGACCGAGGACACGAGCCUCCAGAUCAAGGCUUUCAAAAUUUUGCUCGGUGACCGGGAUUUUCUAUCCCUCCGGCACGAUAUCAUACCCAUGACAGCAUCACGAAAGCUGUCUGCCGACGACUAUAUACUUGAUCUCGUUGUUUCGGAGCACAGGGGCGGCAUCAACAAUAAAUCAAUCACUGAUGUUCAGUUGGAAACCGCAUCUUUGAUGUUGCAUUUGGAUCUGGUUACUGUUGAUGACAUAUUUGGCUCCUUUGGUGGCCUCAGUGGCAUUCUGGAGUUUGGCGGCUCGAUCCUUGGAGAUAGCAUGUCGAGUGCGCCCACGAUCAAGCCCAGUCCGACAAAAGGCGUCCGCUUCGCAACUAAAGUUGACAAGAUCGAGAGUGUUUCGCAUGAAAUUAAGUUCAACGGCCGAAUCAAUGGCAUAAAUGCAACCUUGCAAACAAUGCGUUGCUCUUUGACGCUCCGGACAACCGCGCUCAAAGUCAUCCAUCGACAUUACGGAACUUCCGUGUCGCUCAGUCAUAUCAUGAUAGAAGGGCCUUUCAAUGAAUCCUUUCUCGAAGCGCCAAUUUGUGCCGACAUCUCUGGCCUAAGAUUAGAGUUCCAGAACAGUCCUCAGGACAAAGAUCUCGAGCGAUUGUUGUCGCUUCUGACACCCUCCAAGGACAAGUAUGACAAUGACAACGACAUACUGAUCGACACUCUCUUGCGUCAACGACGGAAAGGUGCAGUUCUCAAAGUUGUGGUCAGUGACACAAAACUCAAGUUGAGUUCUUGGAGCUGCAUUCCUGUUCUCACUACUUUGGGCGAAGACUUUUCUCGACUUUCGGCUGUUGCCAAGUAUCUCCCUGAGGACGAGCGGCCUGGAAUGUUGGCACUCGUAUGUCUCAGGACCACUGAGGUUCGCCUCCCAGUAAAUCAGGAUUUUGGUCUUCUUCGAGUAGUACUGCAAGACGCCCAUCUGGCUCAUGUCGGUCUGCCGGCUCUUCUUGCAUUAGCCAUUGGCAAAAUACAAGCAUCGCCGGUAGGAGGCCCUGAUUUGAUUCACACUCUAGUACUGUACCCGGCUUUUGAAAACCUGCCCGUCUUGAUGGCACGCCUCCUUGGCGAUGAAGAGGAACCAACUUUGAAGAUCAAAUUCUUCAACCUCGCGGUAGAGUACAGCGUUCCGAUGCUCAGGGGAUUAAUUGGCUCAGAAUCAAUUCCUGAGGCGGAGCAGUUAAUUAUCAACAUGGCAGAGUCAAUCGCAAGCUUUUCCAUGACCAACACACCCAGAAAACCUGUGAACAGGUCUACAACUACAAGCGAAUUCUCUGCAGCUAGCCAGAAGAAAAUGCGCCUUGACAUGCAAAUCCAUGACUCAGCCAUUGGCCUUACUCCUCAAAAACUGACGUCGAAGGUAUACUUCGUUCUGAAUGACACCCACAUAUCGACCAUCGUUCCCCCGGGCGACGUCGUUAAGGUCACGCUGAGGCUCAAGAAAGCGUCUCUGUACAUGACAGACAUCGUGAUUGAGCAGCCACCGAGCUCCGCAUCAGAGCAAUCUCCACAUACACUUCAGAGUAUCGAGUGGCUGUUGUUAUCCCAGGGGUACAUACCGAUUGGUUCAGUCAUGAAGGCCGUCGUUAUGGUCCAGGUCGCAGAUGAUCACCUGGAUUCGGAACAGAAAAAUGUAGAGGUUGACUUGAAGACGGAGCUAUUCCUCCUUGAAACUUGUGCCGAUUCUACCGCAACCUUGUUCGCAACCUUGGGAGAUCUUGCACCGCCAUCAGCGCCUAGCAAGGAUGCCAAAUAUUUGACACAGCCGAUCACGAUUGAGGAUAUGAUGGCAUCAUUCACUGGCGAGCCAUAUGCAGAGCCCGUGGCACUGCCAGAGACUUUAUUCGACGUUGACGACGACAUCAGCGCAGACUCGGAUCUUCUGUAUGAUGUUGCCGGAUUGGACGUCGAAUCUCGGCAUCUUUUUGAGGAGUCCGAGAUGACUUCGAGCUUAUACGGACCGAUUGGCGAUGUUUUCGAUCAUGAUGAUCGAGACAACCUUGGGAAUGAUUCGACCGUGUCGCACGAUCACUUAGAUACCGUCGCAAGUUUGCUGGAAGAUGACCCAUUUGAGAUGCCCGACAUCCCAGAAGACAUCAUGAGCGACACACACUUACUUCGAGCCCUAGACAAACAGCAGUUUGCUUGUGUGGAUGACAAAACUGUGUCCCUGCUGCAAGAGGACGCAGAGAAACCACAUCCCACAAAUAUCACAACCAAGAACAGCAACGUACCAUUGAAGGUGCGGGUUCGGGACACCCACUUAAUAUGGCAAUUAUAUGACGGCUACGACUGGCAACGCACACGAGAUGACAUUGAGCUCACAGUGGAACAGGUGGAGCUCAAGGCUGAGGAGCGCAAGACUCGAAGACGCGAAUCACAUAACCAUGUAGAUGACGAUGAGUCAGUCAUCGGCGAUUUUCUGUUCAACUCGAUCUACAUUGGCGUCACAGCAGGUCAUGAGAACCAAGACCUGAGAAGGGCUAUCAACAAAGCUAUCAAUGAUCAAGCUACCGAGACUGAGAGCGUCGCCGUGUCUGGAACAUCCCGACCGACGAACUACUCUUCCUCAGGCCAGCCGCGUCUCGCACCUCGGCGCAGUCGCCUGAAAUUAGGUCGAAGCAGAAAGAAUAAGAUCGCAUUUGAGCUGAGAAAUGUUGCCGCUGACGUCAAGGCUUUUGCGCCCGGGAGUGGUGAUGUUGUGAAUACCGUCAGUCUGCGAAUAGGGGAUUUCGAAAUCUUUGAUCGAGUACCCACAUCGACAUGGCGCAAGUUUUUGACGCACAUCGAUAACAGUCCUCGUACAAGAGAAGUUGCUCGACCAAUGUUCGACGUUGACAUUCAGAGCGUCAAGACACUACAAAGCCAUUCGGCCUCAGAGAUGCUGUUACAUGUCUCUGUGCUCCCCUUGAGAUUGCACGUGGAUCAAGAUGCACUCGAUUUCAUCAAUCGCUUCUUCGACUUCAAGGACGCUAGACUUACCUCGAACGAUCCACCCUCCGAAGAGCCAUUUAUCCAGCGACUUGAAAUUGACACUGUUGACCUCCGCCUUGACUACAAGCCAAAGCAGCUGGAUUAUGUUGGUCUUCGGGCUGGUCGGACUUCAGAGCUGAAGAACAUCGUCACAUUGGAAGGUGCAAAUAUCCAGCUGAAGCACCUGAUUGUAUACGGACUUCGAGGCUUUGACAAGAUUCAUCCCACGCUGAACGACAUAUGGGUGGAAGACGUGAUUCGUAACCAGCUGCCUGUCGUACUUUCGGGCAUAGCGGCCAUGCGUAGUCUUGUGAAUAUUGGCACAGGAUUUCGCGAUGUCGUUGCCAUUCCAGUUCGGGAGUAUCGGAAAGAUGGCCGCAUUGUUCGCAGCAUCCAGAAGGGAAGCUAUACAUUUGGCAAAACCACUGCUUCAGAGCUGGCCCGUCUCGGUGCCAAGGUCGCGCUGGGUACUCAGACAGUCCUUACAACCGCCGAACAAUAUCUCUCACCCGCUAUCGGAUCAUCUUCUCGUCCUAGCACAAUCCGUCGCGUCUCAAGCGAUGGUGGCGUGCACGAAAUUUCCGCCGGCGAAGACGAGUCCGAGCAACGAUUGGUAUCAGCUUACGCGAACCAACCAUUGGGCGUGUUGGCUGGACUACAAACGGCCAGAAGACAGCUGGAGCAUGACCUUUUAACGGCGAAAGACGCUCUGAUAGCUGUGCAAGGCGAGAUGAUGGAUAGUCGAAGUCCGGGAGAUGCCAUUGCUGCUGUCGCCAGACAUGCUCCAACACUACUCUUGCGACCUGUGAUCGGCGCCACACGAGCUGUGGGCACAACGUUGCUUGGUGUUGGCAAUCAGAUCGAUCGGAGUAAUAUGAGACAGAUUGAAGAUAAAUACAAGCCGCAUUAGAUGACAUAAUGCCUGGAAUGGCGUUUCAUUUAGUGUUGAUGUCCAUUACAGUGUGUAGCACUCUUCGUCACGUCUUUGCGGCAUUGGGAGAGGCUUGUGCUCGAGUCAUGUCGUGAGAUUGAGAAAGAUAACGAUCGAAAAAUGAAAUUUGCAUGUGAAGGCCAACAUCACUUCGCUUCUAUCAGUUGCAGACGAACCAUCUUGACAUAUGGAGCAGGUUGCCCAGAAUAGUCUUGACGAGCCGUGACCAGCUGCUAAAAUCCGAUCAG